AUGACCCGGGCUUCGUCGACAAAAUCGACUCCCACAUCGCAGACCGCGCAGCCCAGCCCUGUAUCGAUGACGGAGCCUGAAGUCGCUGUACCGUCUAAACCGGACACUGUUCCAGCGCCGAAACCGAAACGUGUGAGGACUGGAUGUCUGACCUGCCGCGAGAGACACCUCAAAUGCGACGAAGGCUUACCGAACUGUCAGAACUGUAAGAGAUCCAAUCGGAAAUGCAAACGUGGUGUCCGCUUGAAUUUCAUCGACAUCCAGUGUCAGCGGCCACCCUAUCUGCUUCCCCCCACCCAUGAUUGGAAAGUCACCUUCCAGGACGACUCGCGUGAGAUCGCAUCGGAGUACCUUGGCGGAUUCGAACGAUACCAUGCGCCAGAGCCGGAACCCAAACGACAGAAGCUAAACGCGCCAUCCUUGAAGUACAACUACGGUCAAAUUGCCGCUCCGAUUAUACCACAUCAACAGCUCCCUAGACACCAGCAACCUUACCCCAACUCAUAUGCUGAAUCAACUGAAGCCUUGUAUCAAAACUCUACUGGUCAGCCCUACAAUGAGACAGCAGCAGCUGCGUUGGCGUCAUUCUCUGAGGCAGCCCACGGCGUGAAACCUUCUUAUGGACAAUCAGUUCUGGUGCCACCCGAGCAGGGGCAGAGUUCUCCUCCACUGGACGACCGCACCGAGAUUCUCUAUAUGCAAAUCUUCGUUGAAGAAGUUGGCCUAUGGAUGGACUCGAUGGACGCUGACAAGCAUUUCUCCCGGCUCAUCCCCUUCCAAGCACUACGACAACCCAUGCUGAAGUAUGCACUUCUGGCCUGUGGCAUCCGGCAUCUUACCCUGGUCAACCCCGUCUACCCAGAGGAACAUGCACUGGAUUACUACAACAAAGCCACGCAACUCCUGCUGAAGUCGCUACAAAACCCGGACAGGGACAGUGUUCUUUGCGCCACCGCAGCAACCAUUCUCAAUGUGUACGAAGUUAUGUCUGAGAAGGCCUUACAGAGAAUGAACCACAUCGCCGGCGCUCGUGCUCUGAUCAAGGAGUGUCGGUGGGAUGCUACGGCGACAGGGAUUGGGGCUGCCUGCUUCUGGUUGAAUGUAGGGCUUGAGCUGUUCAGCUGUCUACAUUUCAAUUGGGGCGUCGCCUGGGACCCUGACACCUGGGGUCUCGACAUGACAAUGACUCCUCAGCAGGUGGGUGGUAACGAGGAGCAAUGGACUCACAAGAUAUUGUGGAUCUUGUCCAAAAUCACCAACUUCCGUUCGACGGCUCAAGCGCGGUUCCAAGAUGCCAAUGUCCACGCCGAGCAGAUGCGAAUACACCAGAGACAGCAGCAGUGGUUGGGACUCAAACAGUUCUGUGACCGCUGGGACAAGUGUGUUCCUCCGACCAUGCAUGCAAUGGGCUACGUACCAGCCUAUGGGGCUUCCGCGAAGAGCUCUUUUCCGGAGGUAUGGUAUAUAAAACGGACGACGAUUGUCGCGCGGCUUUUCUACAACACAGCUAUGGCAUUGCUCGGUAUGAUGCAUCCACUGGCCAGCAUACAACCUCAGACCGAGGAGGAGAUGCGGGAAAUGCGGGUGUAUCAUUCUCGACAGAUCUGUGGGAUCGUGGCCCACGUCAAGGACCGGGGCGUUGCCUCUGCCUCCAUACGUUGUCUGGCUGUCGCCGGGGAGAACCUUACCGUCAGACGGGAGCAGGAAGAGGUCCUGCAGAUUUUCGACAGGAUCAAACAAGAGACCGGCUGGAGAGUCACGUUCAUCCAUGAUGACCUCAAGGAGAAAUGGGGCUGGAACGAGGGCCUUCCAGAUUACAAUGCUUUGAGCUCGACAUCUACAUAUUACUCACCCACAGGCUCUUCCGCACCUUCGGCAGCGCCGACUUCGACACCUCCGCGGCCAAAAUACCCCGUUGGUAUUGUCAACCCACUGUACAAAAAUGCCGACUUCUCGGCCCAGAACCCACCCUACCAGGGGAAUUAUGUUCCACCGACCCCCGGACCUGGCCUGCACACAUCGACACACAUGUAUGGGUAUUCUGGACUGUCGAAUUUAUGA